AUGGCUUUUAUUCCCUUUGAAGAAACCCGCGCUCAAUCUACCGCAAACUCGCCUGCUCUUGGUCCUGCUGGUACCCCAACUUUGGCUGCUACUGCUGCCGGCCAGCAACAGUCUGCUUCUGAAAAGGCUGCUGCUGAUCAGAAGCGUGAAAUUUUUAGAUUAUAUGCUCCUGGCCAAGAAGAACAUCUUGAGGGCCAGGAGACUCGUCAUGAGGACAGUUUCCCUCCUGCCAUUAUUCUGCGUGGACCCUCAGCGGCCAAGCAGCAAUAA